CCGUCUGCUCUAUCGAUCGCUCGUGCGUCCAGAGAAAAGGCGUGAAAAACGUGCAGAGCGUUAUCCCUAGGAACAGGUUGGAACUGCUCAAGUGGAAUGGCUGGGGCUACAAGGACUCCAUGUUCGAUGUAAAGGGGGACAUUCUAUACUUCACCGGGAAACGAUACCCGAUUGGCAACCAGACGCUCCCCUACUUCACCGACUGGGCUAUCAAUAAACUGGGCAUCGACGUCAAUCGCCGCAACCGCGCGCAGCCUCUGCCGAAACCGUCGGACUUCCCUAAGGCCAAAGUAGAAACAGCAUUUCUCUCAGAACUGAAGGCACUUCGUAUUUCACAUUCCAUUGCUGGUUUGGAUCGACUGGUUCGGGCUCAUGGGCAAACCCUACAUGAUGCAUUUAUUUUAAGGGAGGGGGCCUUUGAACGUAUUCCAGAUGUAGUUGUUUGGCCAGAAUGUCAUGAAGAUGUGGUGCGAAUUGUGGAAGUGGCACAAAAAUACAAUGUUGUCGUCAUACCAUUUGGAGGAGGAACAAGUGUGUCUGGAGCUGUAUCUUGCCCUAUCAAAGAACAAAGAACUAUACUAUCCCUAGACACGUCUCAAAUGAAUCGUAUACUGUGGAUAGAUCAUGGAAACCUUGUGGCAUGCUGCGAAUCGGGAAUAAUUGGACAAGACUUAGAACGAGCUCUGCAAGCACAAGGUUACACAACUGGACACGAACCUGACUCCUACGAAUUUUCAAGUUUGGGUGGUUGGGUUGCUACGCGUGCAUCUGGUAUGAAAAAGAACACAUAUGGGAACAUAGAGGAGUUAUUGGUGUCUGUAAGAUUUGUAACGCCAACUGGAGUUCUAGAAAAAAAAACUCAGGUGCCGAGAAUGUCUUGCGGGCCAGAUUUCAACCACAUUGUUUUGGGUUCUGAAGGAACUCUUGGUGUCAUUACUGAAGCCACAAUAAAAAUACGUCCUCUCCCCCCAAGCAAAAAGUAUGGCUCUAUAGUGUUCCCUGAUUUUGAGUCUGGCGUCAAAUGCUUAAGAGAGGUUGCAAGACAGAGACUUCAACCAUCUUCAAUUCGUCUUAUGGACAAUGAGCAGUUCAAAUUUGGACAAACUCUCCGCCCACCUCCAGGAUAUCUAGGAUUAAUAAUUGAUGGCCUCAAACGAAUGUACAUAACAAAAAUAAAGGGCUUUAAUGUUGAUACAAUGUGUGUAGCCACACUUGUAUUUGAAGGUCAGAAAAAAGACAUAGAACACCAUGAAAAGAAAAUAUAUGCAAUUGCAGCAAACUUUAAUGGCAUUCCAGCUGGAGAAAAAAAUGGAGAGCGGGGAUACAUGCUCACCUUUGUGAUAGCCUACAUCCGAGAUUUGGCACUUGAGUUCAAUGUUGUCGCAGAAUCAUUUGAGACCUCCGUUCCAUGGGACAGAACAAUAACAUUGUGCAAAAAUGUCAAGCAUAGAAUAGGAGAAGAAUGCAAAACUUUGGGUAUUGAUCAUUACUUCAUCUCUUGCCGUGUCACUCAAACAUAUGAUGUGGGCAGCUGUGUGUAUUUUUACUUUGGAUUUAACUGGACAAGUCUACCAGAAACAUCUGAUCCCCUCUCAGUUUAUGAAAGGCUGGAAGAGAUGGCAAGAGAUGAGAUUCUGGCAUCAGGAGGCUCACUAUCUCACCACCAUGGUGUAGGCAAGCUACGAGCAAAGUGGUUUUGUGGCCAGGUGUCUCCACUAGGAGUUCAGCUUUACAGUGCAACAAAGAAGCAGCUUGAUCCCAAAAAUAUUUUUGCCUGUGGGAAUCUUGUUCACAUACCUAGCUCUUCACUUUAAAUGAAUCGCUAUUCAAUCUCUAUCAAAUAGAAAAAAAAGUUACCUAUAAAAGUUGUUGAAAGUACCAUAGAUAUUUCUAGAACAACAUUCAAUGUUAUAUAUAAUAUUUAGAAAGCCAAGAAACUUUAAUUGUCACAGCAACUUUUCCUUUUUUAAAGGUGACACAUGUCAGUGAUACAUGUAAUAAGCAUCACACUGGUCACCUUUUCCUAGUCUUUGAAAUGCCCUGAAGUAUAACCAAUUUGCUAGCUUUUUUCAUCUCUUAAAUUGCUUUUUUCAUGAAACCCACCUUAGUUAUGAAAAUUGCACUGAAUCGAUUGUGUUAGUACAUAGUUUGUAUUGUUAUUUUGUCUUAAUUUUUAUUUGUAAUACAUUCUCUGACACUUAAUUUUGGAGAUUUGCCAACAUUUAAGACUGAAGGCCCCACAGCUCAAUGAAGGUAAUUGACAGAAACAAUUAGGAAAUACCUACCUAUGAGACUCUGUAUUAACUUGUCUCUAAAUGCAAUUUAUAAAUUUAGUAAAAAUGCUCAAACCAAAUAGUUUUGAAGUGGUGGGAUGAAAAAGUAAAGUUAGACACAAAAGUAUAUUUCCUUCCCAACAGGGAAUAAAGAUUUCCCGUUUUCUAGAAAGGUCAUUUUUUUUGACAGUUUUAUAACGAUUAGUAGUCUGGCUUUGAUAAAGAGUAUCUAUUCCUUAUGCUAGAGUACUCUGCUUAUCAAAGGAAAUUUUGAUUCUUGUCAUUUUAGUGUAUGUACUGUAUCAUUGAAUUAAUUGUGUAGCACUGGUUUUUGCUUUGUGAUCAAUCCCAACAGUCUGAAUAAAUCAAUUAAGGAUUGACAUUUAGAUA